AUGAAGGCUCUUGCGGUCUUAUCUCUCCUCGGCGCUAGCCUAGCGUCCGCCCAGGUAGCACCAUAUGGCCAGUGUGGCGGAACUGGCUACACCGGGUCCACAGUUUGCGAGUCAGGAUGGGUAUGCCAAUACGAGAAUGCGUACUAUAGCCAAUGUGUGGCAUCGUCUUCAACCAGCAGCAGUACUAGUACUACUAGCAAAGCUAGCACAACAUCAACUUCGAAGACAACCACAUCAAUCAAAACAACCAGCUCAACAUCCUCAUCAACUACAAGUACAGCCGCCGCCUCAUCAACCGAUUACCCCAGUACCAACGGUCUAAAUUUCACAAUCGACGGAAAAACAAGUUACUAUGCCGGAACAAACAGCUACUGGAUCGGGUUCCUAACCGACAACGACGACGUCGAUCUCGUAAUGAGCCACCUAAACGAAUCCGAUCUCCGCAUCCUCCGAGUCUGGGGCUUCAACGACGUAAACACAGUCCCAUCUACCGGCACGGUCUACUUCCAACUCCUCGAGGACAGUACAGCCACAAUCAACACAGGCGAAUACGGACUCGAGCGACUAGACUACGUUGUUGAAUCUGCAGAGGCACACAAUAUUAAACUCAUCAUCAAUUUCGUUAACAAUUGGACUGAUUAUGGUGGUAUGGCGGCUUAUGUUGCCGCUUUUGGUGGAACAACAACUGGAUGGUAUACCGAUGCUGCUAUCCAAGCUGCGUAUCAGGCUUAUAUCGCUGCUGUUAUUUCGAGAUAUGUGGAUUCGGAUGCUAUCUUUGCUUGGGAGUUGGCUAAUGAGCCUCGCUGCCAAGGUUGUGAUACCUCGGUUAUUUAUGAUUGGGUUCAGACGACAAGUGCUUAUAUUAAGUCUUUGGAUUCGAAGCAUAUGGUUUGCAUUGGUGAUGAGGGAUUCGGACUCGAUACCGGAUCAGAUGGUAGCUACCCAUACACCAUCGGUGAAGGCUUGAACUUCACCUUGAAUCUGGGUAUCGACACAAUUGACUUUGGAACAUUCCACCUGUAUCCCGAUAGCUGGGGAACCACCGACUCGUGGGGCAAUGGGUGGAUCACAUCUCACGGAGAAGCAUGUGCAGCAAUCGGAAAGCCUUGUCUCCUUGAGGAGUAUGGUGUAACGGCUAAUCACUGUACCAUCGAAGCACCCUGGCAAAGCACAGCUCUUGAUACAACCGGCGUUGCGGCCGAUUCAUUCUGGCAGUAUGGUGACACUUUGAGUACUGGGGAGUCACCAGAUGAUGGGAACACGAUCUAUUAUGGAACUUCCGACUUUACUUGCCUUGUGACAGAUCAUGUUGAGGCGAUCGGUUGA